AGGUCAACGUCUCGCUCAUCAUGGCUCGCGAUAUCUUGAAAGCAGCCAAAACCGCCUCGAACGCCGUCGCCGUUCACAAGAAAUACACAGUCCAAUCCUACGGAAUUUGGGAACGUAUCCGUCGCCUAUUGUCCAUUGCGCCCGAGCGAUCCACCGGUAUCCCAUUGAAUGCUCAUUAUCGUCUUCCUACGCCUGGAGGUCUUUCACCUCUAACUUACGAUGACCCCGUGACUGCGCCAGCCGGUGACAUUGCCGACAACCCCUACUGGAAACGAGACGCCCGAAGGAACUAUCCCAGGCUCAGCACUGUGAAUCAAGCAGAUGCCGUGGGUCUGCUUACCGUUGGAAGCCAGGCUGCGCCAAAAGAUGACGUCUUGCAGAUUGGAGAAGCAGGGCAAAAACAACUGGUUUCUGUCAAGCAGGAAGGCGAACAGCGUGGUUUGGCUGCUCAUUUUGAGAAAGACAAGAAGGGCAUUAAGGACGUUCUUGGCCCUAAUGGCCUGCCGCCGACGCCUUGUAAUCUGAAUGCAUCGGCAACAAAGUACCAGCUGGACCACGACAAUGGCUACCCUGAAGUGUAUCCCUGCCGCACAUUCGUUUAAUUGUGCCAUAGACUUUUCCUACAAUGGAUACCAUUUAUUUCUUUUUUUUUUUUUUUUUUCAACGAAUACAGCACUAUACCACUGUAGAUUUUUACCUAUAUAUUUUACUUAGGGCUAGAGGCAACAACAUGCUAUCAGCAUGCAUAUGAGAAAUGAAAAGGUGAAAAAUAGAUAGAUACUAAAAUAGAGAGAACGAGCGAGAGAACCUAAUGGUAGUGACCGAGUUAUAUAGAUUUCUUUCUUUCCUUUGCGUGGCCCCAAGAUACGUGCACGAUAGAUAAUUGCAUAU